AUGAAGAAAAAAUCCAUACCGUGGAAAAUUUACUUGAAUUUUUGUAUUCAAAUUUGCAACCAGCUUAAAAAGCUUGAAAUUGAAUGGAAACAACCACAAAGUGAUAUCUCACUUAUUAACUGGUUUAUAACAAAUAAAACUGAAGGGACAGUAGACUUAUUAAAAAGAGGUGAAGAGCCAACAGUGAAAGACUAUAAUUUAAUGAUUUCUAAGGCAGUAGAAGAUGGAAUGUUACACGUUGUAGGUUCAUAUUUAGAUCCAAUUGAUGGGAGUAAUGUCAGGUUAUUAAGCAUUGAUAAAUUUUUUUUCCCUGAAAUUUGGCUUUAA